GCCAACUUUUGCAGGAAGGAGGAAGUGUUUCAAGAUGGCAUCGCGCAGUGAGGCCGGGGUUCGGGAGCUGGGUGUGUAGGCAAGUGACAGAUUCACCACCGGUAGAGGAGGCGGCCCAGCGGACUCUAAAUGGCUUCUAGGAAGUCGGCUUCGGAUUUACACGGGCCCCUUAGUUACCUAGAGGACGUGCCGUUUAAGAUUGGUGACAAAUUCAGAGUGCCGGAUAAAGUUGGCUUGCCUGUUGGUUUCUGUGUCCCAGACAUCAGCCAGCUCAUCAGUGAUGUCCAGUACGACUUUUCCCUGGAGAAGAAAACUGUUCGAUGGGCAGAAGAAGUGAAACAGAUCAAAGCUGCACAGAAGGAAGCUGAGAGAAAGGCAGAAGUGGCUCGUUGCCAAGCUAUUUCUGAUGCUCAGGCGGAGAGUGAAGGUGAUGCAGGUAUAGGAUGCCCUCCCCCCUUCAACCCUAUCCUUGCAAGCUUCCAGCAUAACCGCAUCCUGACCCCGACCCCUGCCAACAGCAGAGCCUUUCCACAAAAAGUCUUGAGCCCCCCUCAUAGUAAGGCAGAUUUUAACCCUGCUGACUUUGAGUGUGAGGAGGACCCCUUUGACAAUUUGGAACUGAAGACCAUCGAUGAGAAAGAAGAGUUGAAGAACAUUCUCGACAUUCAUGUGAGGCCUGCUAUGAGCCCAGACUCGAAUAGCACAGACACAGUCCAGAGCUCCCAGUCACCACUGAAGGAUGAGGACAUGCUGUCCACCCUGAAACAGGAAGCUUUAGACUUUAAGCAUCUCCACAAGCCCAAUGGCUUUAUCACUUUACCACAGUUGGAAAACUGUGAACUGCCCCCGUCUUCCAAAGUGUCACUUGCCCCCAUGACCACGGUCAGCAAUAUCAAAUCCCUGUCUUUCCCCAAAUUAGACUCUGAUGAAAGCAGUCAGAAGGUGGCACAUGCAAGCACUAACUGCCUGCCCAAUGGCACUUUCCUCGAAUCCUUAAAAUCCAGAUCUGCUUAUAAUGGUGAUGAACUGAAUGGACACCUGAUGUGGAGCCCUUCCCUGCAUUUUGACAGUGGGGUUGUGAAGUGUGUAUUUCCUCCUUCCACUGUGGGCCCAGUCAGUGGUACAGAAGGAAUUUCGAGGACCUGUCUAAGCGGCGACACAAAGUUAUCCGCUCAUCAGGUUGCGGUGUCCAAAGUGCCCAAUAGUGUAACUAACAUGAGGCGACUCAGUGUCCCGGGGUACGAGGAGCUACUCCAGGUGCUGUCGAGCAGCGAGCGGCAGUGUGCCGAGACUAUUGUCAGUAUGGGGUAUUCCUAUGAGCACGUGAUGAGAGCCAUGCAGAAGCAAGGACAGAACGUGGAGCAGGUGCUGGAGUACUUGUUCAUUCACUCCCAGCUUUGUGAGAAGGGCUUUGAUCCAUUGCUGGUGGAUGAGGCUUUGGAGAUGUAUCAGUGCUCUGAGGAGAAGACAAUGUUGUUUCUUCAGUUGAUGAGCAAGUUUAAAGAAAUGGGGUUUGAACAGAAAGAGAUAAAGGAAGUUUUGUUACUUCAUAACAACGAUCAGGACAAGGCGCUGGAAGAGCUAAUGGCACGUGCCGGACCUAGCUGAACACCCCCCCUCCCCCCCCAUCACAAUAGGCUCUUAAUGAAUGUUUGGAUAGGAGAAUCCUAUGACAAGCUUUCCGUUCAGAGGAGCGCAGAGAGAAUACGGCCAAACCUGCUGCGUCCCGCCAUGUCACGUGUUCUACUCUGUUUUUCCCUUUUCACAAAAACGCCAGCUACAGGAAUAUUGUAAGAAGUGCCCUUUCACAUCCAAACCUUUACCCCCUUCGAUGGAACGAGCAGGUUUCUGAACCAUUAUGUGCACGACAGUGGGGGAGCUGAAUUUAGUAUUUGUUGCUUUGCAUUGUAAAUGGGAACUGAGAAGAAUUGAUGUGUGAAGCUGCUGAUGCUUAUACUGGAAUAUGGACUGUUGUACCCUGAUACCGCAAACAUUAGUGCAAUUCUUUUUUUCUUUUCAGUUAUUUAGUGCUACACUGGUCAAUAAAAUACUCAAAGGAGCAUAGAGUGAACAGGGUUAGUCUGCAUUUUACUCUGUCCUCCACAGGAUCGGCCCCUGAUUCUGGCGGCUGCUUGAUGGUGGUUACAGUUUAGCGCGGGUAAAGCUGUGAUUACUUCUCGGGAUUGUUUAAUUAUAUGCUAUAAGUUAUUGAGUUUUCAAAGCUUUAUCUGUGCAUCAAAAGACCUUGUUCACUUUACCCCUUCCUCCUGAGGGACUCCUUUUGGAAGCUGUUGACUUAAAACAGGUUGAAACCUUUUGUGGUUCUAGCAGCUGUUGAGCUGUGCAGGGAAGGCGUUUGCAAUCUAUCAAUGAAAAUUUUUUUAUUUUAUUUUUUGGACCGAAAUUUACAAUUUUGGUUGAUGUGGUUUCUUGAUGUUACCACUUGCUGGAGAAACAGAAAAAUUGACUGAACGUGAUGGAUUGUUCGAGCUGUCCCUAGGCAAGUAUCAUGAUCAGUUCACAGGAUUGCAAAAUGGGGAUAAAUGAUCGUAAGUGAAAGUAAAGGAGAAGACCAACCUCAGCGGACGCACUUGGAGGUAGGAUGAACAGUUGCCACAGACUUUCCCACAAUGCUGUGGCAAAACUACAACUCUCCAUCCUUUGACCGCCAGUGGCGGAAGGCCUGAUUGAAGUUGUGCUUUUGCCGCUGGUUGGUAACUGUUGCUUUAUGGCAAGCUUCGCCUUAGAUUUUCAUUGAUCAGCUGGAGGAAUGAGGGUCCCUGCAGCUCAGCAGCAGCUAAACCAAGGCGCAAAGUGGCACGACCUGUCCACGUGAGGCAACUUUCUUUAAGCACUUUGUUCUCCUUGCUUCUGUUCCUUCCCAGAAUUAUAUCUAGUAUUUCAAAUCAUCUUUUGAUAGUACAAAGUGUAUUAUGUUGUACAUUGUUUAAGAUCAAAACGAGAACAUGUAAAUCUUAAGUCUUGAUGAAUAUAUAAGUAAUUUGCUAAAUAUUUUCUUUCUCCCUACAGAGGUACUAAUAAAACUCUAAAAGAACAAA